GCCUACCAAUAAAGAAGUCUGAAACAAAAUGGUUUCCUUUUUCAAAAGACUGAAAGCCUGUGCAACGCAUAAGCAGGACCAAAUCAAGACGCAGUCAUGGAAGCUCUCACCCACUUUAUGAAUGACACGGUAGAGUUCUACAGAUGGAGCCUUACUAUAGCAGACAAGCGGGUGGAGAAAUGGCCAAUGAUGUCAUCGCCCGCCCCCACCCUGGCCAUCAGCUGCCUGUACCUGCUCUUCCUGUGGGCGGGGCCUAAGUACAUGCAGAAUCGUGAGCCUUUCCAGCUAAGGAAGACCCUCAUAGUGUACAACUUCAGUAUGGUGAUACUCAACUUUUACAUCGCCAAAGAGCUCCUCCUGGGUGCGAGAGCAGCGGGAUACAGCUACCUAUGUCAACCUGUCAGCUAUUCCAACGACGUCAACGAAGUCAGGAUAGCGUCGGCUCUGUGGUGGUACUACAUCUCUAAGGGAGUGGAGUAUCUGGACACAGUGUUCUUCAUCCUGAGGAAGAAGAUCAACCAGGUCAGCUUCCUCCAUGUCUACCAUCACUGCACCAUGUUCAUCCUCUGGUGGAUCGGAAUCAAGUGGGUCCCUGGAGGACAAUCGUUCUUCGGAGCAGGAAUAAACUCAUCCAUCCAUGUCCUGAUGUAUGGAUACUAUGGCCUGGCCGCUUUCGGACCCAAGAUCCAGAAAUUCCUUUGGUGGAAGAAAUACCUGACCAUUAUUCAGAUGAUCCAGUUCCAUGUGACCAUUGGUCAUGCCGGCCACUCCCUCUACACUGGCUGCCCAUUCCCUGCCUGGAUGCAGUGGGCCCUGAUUGGCUACGCCGUCACCUUCAUCAUCCUAUUCGGCAACUUUUACUACCAGACCUACCGACGCACCCCACGUUCUGCCCACAAGGCGGCCAAGCCCGUCACUAACGGUGUCUCCAUGGCAACCAACGGCUACAACAAGCUACAGGAGGUAGAGGAAAAUGGGCAGAAGCAGCAGAAAAAGGGAAGAGCGAAAAGGGAGUAAGGAGAAGGUGGAGAGGAUGGAGGAAGCCUCUGUCAGACCAACACGAGGACCGUGGGGUGAAAAGGCAGAGGAGAUAGGGGGGUUCAGGGGUGAAAGUUCAAAAGUCAAAUGGGAUUCCACCACACCACUGCCCCUGCAGGAUGUUUUGAGGAUGUGAUUUGUGACCAAUUUGUGUGUGUGUGUGUGUGUGGGGGGUGAUUUGGUGAAGUUUGUAUUCUGGGAUUUGGUAAGGUUUGGGUAUGGAGGGAUGGGGGUAGGAGGAGGGUGUUGGUUGUCUUUUUACAACGAAAGAAGAUUGCUGCUCUUCAUGUAGAGUCUGUGCUCUGUCUCCUUACUUUGGGGUCCUGGUCGAAGACAAGACCUUAAAAAGACCACAACACAACCACAGGGACUCCCAAACUGCUCAGCAGCUGCAACGUUUCCAACCAAAACUCCACCACCAUUUUGUACUUUUCUUUGUUUAACUCAAUGCUGAUGUAGUGAUGCAAAUGCUUAUUUAUUUUUGUAGCAUUGUAAAUGGUAUUUUACGUAUUAAAUUAUUUCAAUUGAAGAAUCUUCCAGAAAUGUAUACCAAAGAGGAUGUAUAUUUCAUUGCGUGAUGAGUAAGGGAACUACUGGAGGAGCAUUAUUGAGGAAUAAAUAGUUGUUUUACAGUACAGGGGCUGUUCUCAAUUCUAUUUGUGGCAGUAUUACUUGUCUACGUGGAACACACAGACUAGCUGCAAGCCCCCUCUGUCAUACAGACCUGCCCUAAAGUACAUAAUAAACACAUACACCAACACAAGAAUUCAGACACCUUGACUUUUUUCACAUUUAUUUACGUUUACAGCCUAAUACUAAACUUGAUAAAAUACAUUUUCCCUCAUCAAUCUACACACAAUACUCCAUAAUGACAAAGUACCCCAAAAAAUGUUUUUUAACAUUAUUUAAAUGUACUAAAAAUAGAAAACAGAAAUAACUUAUUUACUAAGUAUUCAGACCCUUUGCUAUGAGACUAAAUUGAGCUCAGUUGCAUCCUGCUUCCAUUGAUCAUCCUUGAGAUGUUUCAACAACUUGAUUGGAGUCCACUUGUGGUAAAUUUAAUUGAUUGGACAUGAUUUGGAAAGGCACACACCUGUCUAGAUAAGGUCUCACAGUUGACAGUGAAUGGCAGAGCAAAAACCAAGCAAUGAGGUCAAAGGAAUUGUUCAUAGAGCUCCGAGACAGGAUUGUUUCGAGGCACAUAUCUGGAGAAGGGUACCAACAAAUUUCUGCAGCAUUGAAGGUCCCCAAGAACACAGUGGCCUCCAUCAUUCUUAAAUGGAAGAAGUUCGGAACCAUUAAGACUCUUCCUAGAGCUGGCCAAACUGAGCAAUCAGGAGAGAAGGGCCUUGGUCAGAGAGGUGACUGUGGUCACUGACAAGAGCUCCAGAGGUUCUCUGGAGAUGGGAGAACCUUCCAGAAUGACAACCAUCUCUCAAGCACUCCACCUAUCAGGCCUUUAUGGUAGAGUGGCCAGACGGAAGCUUCUCCUCAGUAAAAGGCACAUGACACCCCGCUUGGAGUUUGCCAAAAGGCACCUAAAGGACUCUCAGACCAUGAGAAACAAGAUUCCCUGGUCUGAGGAAACUGAGAUUGAACUCUUUGGCCUGAAUGCCAAGCAUCACGUCUGGAGUAAACCUGGCACCAUCCCUACAGUGAAGCUUGGUGGUGGCAGCACCAUGCUGUGGGGAUAUUUUUCAGCGGCAGGAACUUGGGAGACUAGUCAGGAUCGAGGGAAAGAUGAAAGUGAAAGAGGAAAGUACAGAGAGAUCCUUGAUGAAAACCUGCUCCAGAGUGCUCAGGAUCUCAGGCUGGGGCGAAGGUUCACCUUCCAACAGGACAACAACCCUAAGCACACAGCCAAGACAAUACAGAAGUGGCUUCAGGACAAGUCUCUGAAUGUCCUUGAGUGGCCCAGCCAGAGCCCGGACUUGAACCCGAUCGAACAUCUCUGUAGAGACCUGAAAAUAGCUGUGCAGCGACGCUCCCCAUCCAACCUGACAGAGAUUGAGAGGAUCUUCAGUGAAGAAUGGGAGAAACUCCCAAAAUACAGAUGUGCCAAGCUUGUAGCGUCAUACCCAAGAAGACUCGAGGCUGUAAUCACUGCCAAAGGUGCUUCAACAAAGUACUAAGUAAAGGGUCUGAAUACUUAUGUAAUUGUGAUAUUUAAGUUUUUUAUUUUUAAUAUAUUAAAAUAUAUAUAUAUAUAUAUAUAUAAAAACCUGUAUUUGCUUUGUCAUUAUGGGGUAUUGUGUGUAGAUUGAUGAGGGGGGAAAACAAUUUAAUUCCUUUUAGAAUAAGGCUGUAACAUAACAAAAUGUGGAAAAAGUCAAUGGGUCUGAAUACUUUCUGAAUGCAUUGUACCUGGCAUGUGUAUGUAUGUACAAGAGAGUGGAGGAAGUGCAUGUUUAGUGCAUGGUAUUAUAACUAUAGGAGAUUGGGUGGGUAAUCAUCUGUGCAAGUUGUUAGUGUAUCAUUAUGAAGAUUGGGUGGCUACCAUACUGCACAUGCAAGUUGGCUGACCAAUACCUUUACUCCUAGACUGUUUAUCUAUUGUCUGUUGUCAAUUUAUAUGGUCUGUUGUGCAUUUAUAUGGUUAUCUUUUUUUGCUGUUGUGGAUCUUAUGGGUUUUCUGCAUAAUUUUCCUCUCUUUUUUUGCUGUGCAAUGUAGCUAUGGUGCAACUGGGAAACAUGUCUAACUCAAGAUGGGGAAAAUGAUACCUCAUCCCAAAGGGCUUUAAAAAAACGACAACAGUAUAUUCAUUAUUUUAUUUAAAUAAAACACAGACAGCUACUGGCUACAAUGGAAAUAAAGAGGAUGCCAACA